AUGAUAGAAGUGUUGAUUACGGUGAUACCUUCGAUAUGCUGGCUUCUAUAUCGGUUUUAUACAGUUUUGAACACACCAGUGGAGAAAAUCAUUGAGGAUCUCAAUAUUGAAAUUCCACAUAUUCCCGCCAUUUGUGUUGAUUCUAUUUCAGAAACUUGGAUAGUCAUACAUUGGGAUAUUGAGGUUAAAAGCGGGGAAAACUUGUACUAUAUUGUGGUUAUAAACGGCCAGGAAGCAGCCACACUAACCUCAACCUCAUGUAAGUUGAAAAAUUUACUUCCUAAGCAAAUGUACCGGAUAGAAAUCAUCGCUAGCAACUCCAUAACCAAGUUCAAAUCCAAGUCUGAUAUUGUUUACGUUCAAACUUAUGAUAAGAGCCAUGUCGAGAAAAUUGUGAAUUUAGAAUUGCAGAAUUUGGACGCUCUAAUGUUGGAGCAUUCGGUGGAUGAAGAUAUAAUCAAUAAAGAAGAUCUACAAGAGAGUUUGGAAUCUAUGACAAGAGACGAAAUACAACGCAUUGAUGACGCAAAGCUAUUGAACAACUAUCUUGUAAUAGCACUGAACGAAUUGGCAAAAGCAAAUGCUGAAUUUGCUAAUGUGCAAAAAGAAACUCAAAAUGAACAAGCAUCACUUCAACAAGAAGUGGCAUUUUAUAAAAGAGAAUUUGAAGAAGAAGCAGAAAACAAGGCCAAAAAGGAACAGGAUGUUAAAUCACUAGAGAAAUCAAAGAAUAACCUAUCGUUUCAAAAAUCCAAAUUACAAGCACAGUUGAACAGUUUCAAAAGCUCAUUGGCAUUACUAGACAAUAAAUUUCGAGAUAAAGAGAAGAGAAUUAAGCAAUUACAGGAUAGAAAUCAACAUUUAGUUGAAGUAGAAGAACAAGAAAAGGUCAAGGUGGCCAACGAGAUUGAGAAUAUAGAAAUCAAAAUACAAGAAGAAAAAGCAGAGUGUGAAAGAGUAGAGGAAAAUAUUAAACAACUUGCAAUAGAAAAGAAGGAAUCGCUUUCGUUAUUGAGUCAGUUGAAACAGUUGAUUGAUCUAUUUAACCUGUCGCAUACAGCUGCUAACGAGAAUUUGCGUUCGAAUUCGCAUUCGCCUACCCCCGUGCCUAAUGGCUCAUGUACUUCUUUGUCAACCUCAAUCAACCCAAAUCUGCUCUCGGUGUUUAAUAAAGAUGGUUCACUUACUAAAAAUGCAUUCGACGCACUAUUGAAGAUAUUCCAACUCAUUCCUAGUUGGCAAGAUGAGAUAAUGCAAGAAAUAAACAAUUAUCAAGAGUUUGAAAAUCACUGGAAAGAAGCAUUCAAAGCCGAGAUUAAGAAGUUUGUAUCUAUCCACCAAUCGUUGGAAAUUGCAAAGUUAAAUAGAGACAAUAAUUAUCAACCGGUCAAAUUAAGUGAAUAUCAAGCCUCGAUUGAGUUUGGUGGAUUCAGUAAUGCAUUACCGAAACCCAAAUUCAGCCAAUUGAGCAAACACAACAAUUAUUUACCAGUUGAUGAACACAGCAAGAAAAGUAACAAUAAUUGUAGCAGGGGCAAUUUUGCAGAUCAUUAUAGUCAAGUUUAUGCAAGGGAUGAAGCAGUAAGAGAAGAAUCGCCUUCUUCACAAGGCCCCGAUGUGGUUCAAGCUGGAGCUUAUGACUACAUUGAACAGCAGCAGCAGCAACAGCAGCAGCAACAGCAACAGCAACAACAACAACAACAACAACAACAACAACAACAACAACAACAACAACAACAACAGCAGCAGCAGCAACAGCAACAGCAACAGCAACAAUCUUAUCAAAGUGUUUUGUCUAAUGAACAUGUGCUGUUAGCAAGCGGUCACAAUACUUUGGAAACACAACAACCAUACAUUAGUUUGGAGAGGAUAAAUGCCGCAACUAUGGCACAGAAACGAAAUUAUGACAUGCACUCACCUACUAUCCAUCAUAAUGUACUUAACGUGGAUUCUACUUUUGCAAAUAAUGAGGGUAGCCUAGGUAAUCAACCUGUUAGUCAAAUGGCACCAGGUUUUGGGUAUGAAAACCACCUACCAAUCCCGAGCGUGGUUUCCCCUUUACCUCAGUCAUCAAUAUUGUAUAGCACUGCUGGUGGCAGUGGUGGUGACUCAGCAUCUAUGACAAAUGGAGGUAUGCAUAAACAUCUUGGUUCCAAUUUUUACACUACAAGUUAUAACAAUUCGGGAACGCUACAACAAUCAGACUUAUGGAGCACUACAAGUCAAACUACAAAGUCUACGUUUAACGAUUUUUUGAACCCUAAUGUAUCAUCCAAUUUACCAAAUGGAUUUUUAUUAUCUUCAAGUAGUAAUAUAUGGAAUCACCAUGAUGAAAGAGUUCAAGCGUUUAGUCCCACCACGAUAGACCAUUCAAGAUCAGUUUCAAAUAGUUCCCAGAUAUGGAGAAAAGAAAAUGUUGUGUCUUCUUCAUCACAACUCAACUUUAACCCAUAUAGUGGCGGUAGCGGUAGCGGUAGUGGUAAUGGUAAUGGUAAUGGUAAUGGUAGUGGUAGUGGUAGUGGUAAUGGUAUGACAAAUUCUUCAUCGCCUAUUCCAAGCAGAGAAUUCCAACCCUUUGGAGAUUGCAUUGACUUAUCCACGACAAGUUCAGCACCUGUUGCAGGAAGUUACCCACAAUCUCAAAGUAACACAUUUCAGCAAUUUCAUGAUGCUUUUAAACAACAGACACAGACAUCUAGAAAUGAAACUCAAUAUGACCAGUUUUCUAAAACAGGUGAAUUGAGAGAAGAUAAUUAA